UCUUCUUUUUCAAAAAACUUUAUAAAAGAUGUCAGGUCGUGGAAAGGGAGGCAAAGGAUUGGGAAAGGGAGGAGCGAAGAGACACAGGAAGGUUUUGAGAGACAACAUCCAGGGGAUCACGAAGCCGGCGAUUCGAAGGUUAGCACGAAGGGGUGGUGUGAAGAGGAUUAGCGGUCUGAUUUAUGAGGAAACGCGAGGCGUUCUGAAGAUUUUCCUCGAAAAUGUGAUCCGCGAUGCGGUUACUUACACCGAGCACGCCAGGAGAAAGACGGUUACUGCUAUGGAUGUGGUUUAUGCUUUGAAAAGACAAGGCCGAACUCUUUACGGUUUUGGCGGUUAGGGCCUCAUUUUAAGAAAUCUGGAUUUAGAUCUCGUUGGUGUUCUGUUUUUGAUGAUGUAAUGGGAGUUAAAUUUUAAUGGAAAACUUUUACGUUUGAACUUUGGAUGGUUGAUAUUCCCAUUUCCUUGCUGUUUGGUUUCGAGGAAAAAAUGUGGAAGACAGUGAAAAUGAAAUGGUUUUUCGUUUCAUUGGUCAGUUUUCCUGCUCAAAAUGGUUAUUAAUUGUUAGUAUGUGGUAGGAGUAACUACCUG